AGUUACUCACGAGAUAACCUAACGGUCAAUGAAGAGCGAGCGUGCGAGCGAGAGACGGGAUGCGGAAACCUACCAUUCCUCCUUCGGAAUUACCAAAUCAAAUUGCCGACGAUCUUCUUCAUCAUCAUCUCCCUCUCCUCCUUUGAUUCGUCUCUCCUCUUGGUUGCUCAUCAGAUAGUUUUCCUCUCUGGAGGUCUGAUCAUCUCGUAUAAUUUUCCUCUCUGGAGGUCUCAUCAUCUCGUAGCCGCCCACCAGGAUGGGAAGCAGCAACAACAUACAGGCCAAGCUGGUGCUUCUUGGGGACAUGGGCACAGGCAAGACAAGUAUAGUGCUGAGAUUUGUCAAAGGCCAGUAUUUUGAUUAUCAGGAAUCUACAAUUGGAGCAGCCUUCUUCUCUCAAAUACUAUCCCUGAAUGAAGCAACUGUAAAAUUUGAUAUAUGGGACACUGCUGGGCAAGAACGGUACCAUAGCUUGGCUCCCAUGUACUAUCGUGGUGCAGCUGCAGCUGUCGUCGUGUAUGACAUCUCCAGUGCGGAUUCAUUUGCUCGAGCAAAAAAGUGGGUUCAAGAACUUCAAAGACAAGGGAAUCCACAUUUGGUGAUGGUAUUGGUGGCUAACAAGGCUGACUUGGAAACAAAGAGGCAGGUGGAUAAUGAGGAAGGCGAGCUAUAUGCUCAAGAAAAUGGGUUAUUUUUUAUCGAGACUUCAGCGAAGACAGCACAAAAUGUCAAUGAGCUCUUUUAUGAAAUAGCUAAGAGACUGGUGAAAGCCCGACCUGCACGCCCCACUGGGAUGAAUCUGCACAAUGAAACCCAAGAUAGGAGAAGAAGGCUGUUUUGCUGCUCAACAUAAUUAGUGUUUGAAAGACUAAAUAAAUAACCUUCUCUCCUACUUUGGCUGGUCCCACUGCUUCCGUUUGUGACUGUCUCAUAUGAUCUGGAAUACUUGUUUUUUAAGCAGCAUUUCUAAAUUCUUUCUGUGAAAUUCUUGGUAAUGAACAUCUACUGAUUCUGCCCGCUGUAUCAAUACAUGCUGCUUAAGUCUAAAAGUUACCUGCCAUUUGGACUGAUGAA